AUGGAAUUGCUUGCCUCGAAUCAUGGGAACGAUCCUAUCGAUGUGCUUGUAGGCGACUGGAUGAGUGAAGCAAACAUGACAGCACGCGCCAAUGUUAAAUUGAGUGGGCAGAUGGAAGCAUACGAGCCAACCUUCCUCGAGGCUCUCGAGCCCGCCCUUCCGCACAUCGCCAAACACGGCAUCAAAGUGGCCGUCAACGCAGGCGCGUCGGGCACGGAGAAACUUCACAAUAUGGUAAAGGAAAUGAUUGCUCUUAAAGGACUGAAACUCAGUGUUGCAUGGAUUUCUGGCGAUGAAGUGCUCCCGCAGCUCCUGGCUGCACAGGGGAGAGGCGAAUCGUCCUUCGAGAACAUUUGCACCGGGCAGCGGCUUGACGACUGGCAGUUCGAGCCAAUAUACGCACAGGCAUACCUAGGAGGGUUGGGAAUUGCAAAAGCUCUUGCAAAGGGCGCAGACAUCGUCUUGUGCGGGCGAGUCUCUGAUGCAAGCCCGCUUAUUGGCGCCGCGUGCUGGUGGCACAAGUGGCAGCAGUCAGACCUUGACAAGCUUGCGAACGCGUUCGUUGCAGGACAUUUAUCCGAAUGCUCCUCGUACAGCACUGGCGGGAAUUACACUGGAUUCAAGGACCUUGAGAGCCUUGGCUGGGAAACCAUUGGCUAUCCUAUUGUUGAGAUCGCAGAAUCAGGCGAAGUUGUGAUCACGAAGAACAAAGGUUCUGGAGGCGAGGUGUCAAUCAAUACACUCACAUCGCAAUUCCUGUACGAGAUCCAGGGUCCGUGGUACUUCAAUUCGGACGUGACUGCUGUGCUGGAUAACGUCUCAUUUGAGUAUAUAUCGAAGGACCGGAUCGCUUUAUGUGGUGUCCAUGGUGCACUUCCACCUCCAACAACAAAAGUUGGUAUCACGGCGACACCCAUCUACCAAGCCGAAAUGCACUGGUUCAUGACAGGCCUGGACAUAUCUGCCAAAGCGCGCAUGAUGGAGCAGCUCAUUCGCACGCAGUUGGGCGCCCAUGUGCGGAACUUCACACGUCUUGUAUUUCAAAUCAUCGGCUCCUGCGCAGAGAAUCCUACAACCCAAAACGAGGCUACGACGGUUUUACGUGUAGUUGCGCAAGCACGCAUGGCUGAAGAUCUUGCUCCAGCGAAGUUCGUGCGGCCGUGCAUAGAUCCUGUCAUGUGUGCAUAUCCAGGAGCGACACCGGACCUUGAUCUUCGGCAGGCGUUUCCAAAGCAAGUGUUUGAAUAUUACGUUACACUAUUGCCACAGUCCGCUAUCAAACAUAGAGUGCAUCUAGCUUCUGGGGAGGUAAUCGAGAUCCCACCGCCUCCUGACAGCAAGACCUGGCCCAAGACGCAACCCACACAAGACAUUACAAUGACAUCAGAAGAUCUGCGCAAGUUCGGCGUCAGCGUUCGAGCGCCUUUAGGCACCAUCGUACACGCGCGUUCGGGCGAUAAGGGCUCAGACUGCAAUGUGGGUUUCUGGGUCCGUCAUCAGGACGAGUAUGCAUGGCUACAGAAUCUCCUAUCAACCGAUUUCCUGAAGCAGCUGCUGGCUGAGGAGUACAACGGCAAAAGAAUCGAGAGAUGUGAAUUUCCCGGCCUUAAAGCAGUUCACUUCGUAUUGAAGGAUCAUCUCGAUAGAGGUGUGAGCUGUACGACGAGUGUAGACUUCUUGGGGAAGAACUGUGCGGAGUUCUUGAGGGCGAGGGUAGUGAACGUCCCCACUAGAUUUUUGGCCAGGGGACGGAUUUGA